GAGUUUCAUUCUCUUAGUGGGCGUCACACAAAGAGGGUGGUAUGAUGAGCGCUUGUGAGACAUCUUAUUCUCAGUGAUCCGAUGUCAACUUCAAACUACAACGAAUCCCUCUUUGGUCCUUAAUGAAAGUAUUGAUAUAUCUACCAACGAUAAGAAAAGCUGCCCCUUGAAAAUGACUGACAACACGGCGGGAGAUGACGUCACAACUGAUGAAAAUGAAAUUGUUCAGGAACCUUCAACCGAAGAAGCCAAGGAUACUUCUGAAGAUAUACAGGAAGAUGGUGAUAAGGAGGUGGUGACGGAACAACCGAAAAAGAACAAGGGCGACGGCAAGAAAUCGUCUCGUAAAAAGAAACGUUCGAGCAAAGAUGGCUGCAUAUCUGCAGCGGCGGGGGUAGGUUCAAUAUCCAGGGACUACCUGGACGGAGCAAUCAACGCCGAGUACGUCGGCCCCAACGCCGACUGUAUGAUGUCCUGCGCCAAAUUCCCGGACGUCGUCACCAAAUGCACGUUAGAGCUAUGCAGCGCCAACUUCGUACUCGGGCUAAUCCUCUGCAAGUGCGGUCUCGCUUUGGACACGAAGAUCGUUUGUACCGACGACGGCAUGGAAGCCGAGGCCUUCGGGACUGGCGUGGAUUUCUCGGAAGGGAUUGCCGUUGGCGCCUUGGGCACGAAGAUCGGGAUUAUCGAUAAGAAGAAGAGGGAUAAGAAGUGGAAGAAGAAGAGGCAGAGAUGGCAGAAGAAAAAGAAGAAGGGGAAAAAGUCCAAAGAU